AUGGGUACCAUGUCACAGAUGCCUCGCCGAGGUACAUUUCGCUACCUGAACAGAGGUGCUAAGCCAUCUACAAGCAAGGAAGCGUAUCUGCUUCCACCUCUUUCCGAGUUUGGCGAUGUUCGUACAUUACCCCUCACGGAUAUGAAGGACUCUUUAGAUCUUGGAGACGAGUCCCCAUACAAGCUCUCAGUUCAUUCUUUCACUGCUCGCAGACAUCACUCUCGUCUACAUGCUGCUCCCUACACUCGAAAGAGUUGGAAUGAUGAGCACCUGCUUCGGGAAAUCUAUUUCCCUGAAGUAGAGGCACUGGUUCAAGAAGUGACGGGAUGCAAAAAAGUGGUUGUUUCCGCCGCGGUGAUUCGAAAUGAAACAUAUGCCGAAGGCGAUGAACCUUCUGCAACUGCAGCACAAAGCGAAGCGAAGGAAGAAAGCCCAGAUCAAAACGGCCUAUCUGAUCUAUUCCCCCCUAUUGUUGGCAAUUCGCCGACAGAUCCCAUAUGUCCUGCCCCAAAGGUCCAUCUCGAUCUUACUCCAAAGGGUGCAAGGUACCACAUUCGAAAGUACCAUCGUGAGGUCACCUCGGCAGCCAAGCGUGUGAUCGAGGCAGAGAACAAAUUGCUUGAAUCUGGUGUGCAAUGGGAUGACCUGAAAGACUUUUAUCGAGGAAAAGAGGAGGGUGAAGGGGUUCCCCGAUUUGCACUUUUCUCUAUUUGGCGACCUCUGAAGGCAGUUAAACGUGAUCCUCUUGCUCUGUCUUCCUGUGCUUCCUUCCCAGAAUCUGACUAUGUGGCUUCUGACUCGCGCGAGCCUGUGGAUCCCCACAUUCCAGCUCAACUGUCACGCAUAAUUGAUCCCAACACCCCCGAUAAAAGGGUCACAGACAAGCCACAGAAUGGGGGAGUUGCGUUGGAUGAGGAAAACGGGACAUUUGAAACACAAGGCUACCUAGCUUAUGGACCCCGAGACAAGGAGCAAAAGGCGCAUGACUGGCAUUAUAUCUCCGAGCAACAACCCUCCGAUGUCUUGUUAAUUCAAUUAUUUGACAACGAGAUGGAAUCUUCUGCUAGGGCCCCGCAAGAGGGAAGUGAUAAGAUAUCGAGCCUGGGAGUUGGGGGCGCCAUCCAUAGUGCAUUCGAGCUAGAAGGUCAGGAUCCGGGUGCUGAAGCUAGAGAGAGUAUCGAGGUACGAUGCGCAGCAUUCUGGUGA